AUGUUAAAAUAUAAACAGUAACGACUAAUAGAAGAUGAAUCCUAACCCUACAAAUUAAUGGUUUAACAACAUAAAAUGCGUUCCUCAGAAAAAAAGAGACCUCUCAGUCGUCAAAGAACAUCAUCUGUAAAUAAACCUCAAGCAGACAUUUUGGUUGAAAUCUAAAACUAAAAUGAAAUCCUCACCAAAGCCAUCAAUUCUCUCAGAAAUACUAUCGAAUAGUUUAAAGAAUGA